UGUUGUGUGGUUAUUUCAAAUUUGAUAUUUAACCUAGUCUUCAGAAUUCCGGUAUAAAAAAAAUAAAGUAAAAAAUAGCACAUUUACUUAUUUCAUAUCUGUAGUCAAAAUGCAGAGAUAUCGAUUAACUCGAGAAUUGGAAAAAAUGACAAAUUCGCCCCCAAGAGGAAUUUGCGUCUUUCAGAAAAACGACAAACUACAACAUUUAGAAGUUAAACUCACCGGCCCUGAAGACUCUCCGUACAAAAAAGGCAUAUUCACGUUAGAAAUAGUAAUACCAGAAAAGUAUCCUUUUACGCCUCCUUCAAUUAAGUUCAUUACAAAAAUCUAUCAUCCAAAUAUUGAUGACAAUGGUCGCAUCUGCUUAGAUUUGAUUAAAAUGCCUCCGUCAGGCAACUGGAAGCCCACGAUUGGCCUAGAGGGCCUGUUGAUUGCUAUAAGGAUGCUUUUGCAGUAUCCGAAUCCAGAAGAUCCUCUAAUGGCAGACAUCGCCGAAGAAUUCAAAAACUAUAACGACGAGUAUGUGAAGAAAGCAGAGAUGAUGACCGCAAAAUAUGCUACAGAAUAGAAGUGCUUAUACUUCAGAUGAUAAUUUUUAAGUUCUAAGAAUGUGAUAUAUUUUUUUAGUGUUUAUAAAUUUAAGACAAUAAAACUCAUUUUUAUUUCA